UUUUAUCUUCUCUAUUUCUGUUACAUGCGAGCCUCAUCUGGGUCUCCUUCAAUUUCCGGUCCCUCACUUGGGUUUCUUCUGCCGUUGAGAAGAGAAAUGGUGUUUAUAGGGUCUCUACCAUUCACCAUCGAGGCCUACACAGAGGCCUCCAUGAUCGUUCUUAGUAACACCUAUCAUCGGACUGUCUGUUCUUCACUUAAGCAGCAGAAUCAGAGGUCUGCCGAAGGCGUGGGGUUUUUAGUGGACAAAAUGGUUGGGAGGAACGGGAAAUGGCCUACGCCUCUGCGAGCAAGAGCAGCCACUUCGGAUCUUAACAGUGGUCAGAGGAGUGACGAUCCGGACCAAGCAAUUCAAGCAACCAUUGAAAAGAGCAAGAAGGUUCUUGCAAUGCAGCAACAGCUACUUGAGCAGAUUGCAGAGAGAAAGAAAUUGGUUUCAUCCAUAAAAGGUACUUCCCUCGACUCCAAGGAAGAACAAAAUUCAAAUGAACAAAUGGAUGGCUCAUUCCCUAUUCCUGAUUUUCCUUCGCGCAAUGAUGAAGGUACUGUUGAUAGUUUGAACGGAAGCAGUCUACCUGUCAGCAAUGACAAUUUAGAUGUAAGAAAGCAACUGGAUGCUGUAACGACUUUUUCCAGUAGGCCGUCUGAUAAAAAUGAUGAGAAGCAAGUUGUAGAUCUUAAAAAGAUAAUAUCCAGUGCAGGUCCCAAAGAUCAGCUGAAAAGCAGUUCAAAGAUAAAAUAUUCUGAUGUUCUUCCCAAUCGAAAAGACCAGCUGAAAGGAAGUUCAAAAAAAGUUCUUCCAGAUUCCAAACAUCAGCUGAAAGGCAGCUCAAAGAAAAAAUCUUCCGAUUUUGUUCCAGCCUUUCUUGCCAGUAAAUCUUCAUAUUCUGCUGUAAAAGAAGAAAAGAAUGGACAACCAAGUGAACCAACUUUGAAGGUUGAUAGUGAUGCUGCUGAAAGUGAAAGUGUGGACGUUAAGCCUUCUCCUUUGGCUGGGGUUAAUGUUAUGAAUGUCAUAAUAGUUGCUGCAGAGUGUGCUCCUUGGUCAAAAACUGGUGGGCUUGGAGACGUUGCUGGCUCCUUACCAAAGGCUUUGGCUCGUCGCGGACAUAGGGUUAUGGUUAUAGUACCUCGAUAUGCAAAUUAUGCUGGCCUCCAAGAUACAGGCGUUCGGAAAAGAUAUAAAGUGGAUGGACAGGACCUUGAAGUUGCAUUCUUCCAAACAUAUGUAGAUGGAGUUGACUUUGUCUUCAUUGAUAACAACAUGUUUCACCACAGAGAACAGAAUAUAUAUGGGGGAGACCAUCAGGAUAUAUUAAAGCGUAUGACAUUCUUUUGCAAGGCAGCGGUUGAGGUUCCUUGGCAUGUUCCAUGUGGGGGUGUAUGUUACGGAGAUGGAAAUUUAGUUUUCGUUGCAAAUGAUUGGCAUACUGCAAUGUUACCUGUAUAUUUGAAAGCAUAUUAUAGAGACAAUGGUCUCAUGAUAUUCACAAGAUCUAUUCUCGUAAUUCACAACAUAGCUCACCAGGGACGGGGGCCAGUCGAUGAUUUUUAUCGUGUGGAUCUUCCAGAACAUUAUAUGGAUCUCUUCAAGAUGUAUGACCCUGUCGGUGGUGAGCACUUCAAUAUCUUUGCAGCCGGUUUGAAGGCAGCUGAUCGUGUGGUCACAGUCAGUCAUGGAUACGCUUGGGAGCUUAAAACUAUUGAAGGAGGUUGGGGUUUACAUGGAAUAAUCAAUGAGAUUGACUGGAAAAUGACGGGCAUUGUGAAUGGGAUUGAUUCAAAAGAGUGGAGUCCACAGUAUGAUAUUCACCUCACAUCAGAUGGUUACACAAACUACUCAAUAGAAACACUUCAGACAGGGAAGCCCCAAUGUAAAGCAGCUCUGCAGAAGGAGCUCGGGUUGCCCGUUCGUGAGGAUGUACCUCUGAUCGGUUUUAUCGGGAGAUUGGAUCACCAGAAAGGAGUUGAUAUAAUAGCUGAGGCCAUUCCAUGGAUGGUGGGUCAGGAUGUCCAACUAGUUUUGUUGGGCACUGGCAGGCAAGAUUUAGAACAAAUGCUCAGAGACUUCGAAAACCAACACCGCGACAAAGUUCGAGGAUGGGUAGGUUUCUCCGUCAAGAUGGCGCACAGAAUAACUGCUGGCAUAGACAUCUUACUCAUGCCAUCAAGAUUCGAACCUUGUGGACUGAACCAACUCUACGCAAUGAACUAUGGCACAAUACCAGUUGUUCACAGUGUUGGGGGUCUAAGAGAUACCGUCAUACCUUUCGAUCCAUUCAACGAGUCUGGCUUCGGGUGGACGUUUGAUAGUGCGGAGGCUAAUAAGCUAAUACACGCAUUAGGGAACUGCUUACUCACUUAUCGACAAUACAAGAAGAGUUGGGAAGGACUCCAGCGAAGAGGGAUGACCCAGGAUCUAAGUUGGGACCAUGCAGCUGAAAGGUAUGAAGAAGUUCUUGUGGCUGCAAAAUACCAAUGGUGAAGAUGAUGAGUCUUUGGUGAUGUGUUAAUAUUCUCAACUCUCUCUGCAGUCUUCGUCUUAGUAGGCCUAUGUGUUUGGGAUUUGACAGUCUCAUGAGUAAAUUUUGGUUCCUGAUUUGAUUGUCUGAAAUGAGAAUCACUGCUUCCAUUUCAACCCAAUCCAAUUCUGCUACAAUAAGAUUCUAUUACUUGUAGCUAAAGUACAUAAAUUUAAUGCUAUUCAAAGUUUUUGUGCCGAGAA